AUGGUACCCCAACUGUUACCCUACAGGUACCCCAACUGGGACAAGACUAGUACCCCAACUGGGACCUACUGGUACCCCAACCGGGACCUACUGAACGAGGAGGACCAACAGAUGUUCGGGAUGCUGAGGAACAGCCGAAAUGGCGUCGGGUUCCCCAGCUACUACAGCUCUUUCCUGCUGACCAUCAUCCUGAAGGAGGGCCGCAACCUGGUCAUCAGAGACCGCUGUGGGACCAGCGACCCGUAUGUGAAGUUCAAGCUGGAGGGGAAGACCUUCUACAAGAGCAGGGUGAUCUACAAGAACCUGAACCCCGUGUGGAACGAGUCAUUCGUCCUGCCCAUCAAAGAACUGGAGCAGGUCCUCCACGUCAACGUGUACGACCGCGACCUGACCUCGGACGACUAUGGCUCGGCCGACGUCCUCCUGAGUGAACUGGAGAUGAACAAGGACAACGAGCUGAGCCUGGCCCUGGACGACCCCAACAGCCUGGAGGCCGACAUGGGGAACCUCCUGCUGGACAUGAGGCUCUCCCCGCGGGACCCCGACGGCGUCUCCUCGUCUCGCUGGCCUCACAAACGAAAGAACAACUCUUUGUCUAAUAAGCCUCACAACGCGCGUCUGGCCGAGGUGCUGAGGAAGGGCCAGCUGUGGACCAGCGUGGUGGUGGUGACCCUGGUGGGGGCCAGGGGCCUGGAGGUGGACAGCCCCGGGGACCUGUUCGUCCGCCUCCGGCUCGGAGACCAGAGGCACAAGAGCAAGAACCACUUCAAAGCGGCCAAUCCUCAGUGGAGGGAGAGGUUCAGCUUCAACCAGUUCACUGACGCAACGGGGAUCCUGGAGGUGGAGCUGUGCACCAAGCUGGGAACCCGCAACCAUGAGAUGCUGACAGGGUUUGAGGUGGACAUCUCCAGCCUACCCAUGAACAAGAACCAGCAGUUCAAAGCGGAGCUGGGCCAGAGUGGCGGCUACAUGCUGCUCCUGGUGUCCCAGAGCGUGUGCAGCGGCGUGUCCAUCUCCGACCUGGCCGCCGCGCCCCUCGCCGCCGGGGAGGAGAGGGACAACCAGCUGGAGAAAUACAGGCUGGCGAAGUCCUUCGAGAACCUAGGAGACAUCGGCUAUCUCCAGGUGAAGAUCCUCAAGGCCACAGAUCUCCUAGCGGCAGAUCUCAACGGAAAGAGCGAUCCGUUCUGCGUUCUGCAGCUGGGGAACGACCGGCUGCAGACUCACACCAUCUACAAGACCCUGAAUCCUGAGUGGAGUGAAGUCUUCACCUUUCCCAUCAAGGACGUCCACGAAGUUCUGGAGGUGACUAUCUUCGAUGAGGACGGAGACAAGGCACCCGACUUCCUGGGGAAAACUGCCAUACCCCUCCUGAUGGCCCCCAACAGACAGCAGAUCACCCUGCCCCUGAAGAAGGAGAACCUGGGCUCUCUCUCCAAGGGGGCCCUCACCCUGGAGCUGGAGCUGCUGUUCAACCCGGUCCGAGCGAGCGUGAGGACCUUCUCGCCCAAGGAGACGAGGUUCAUCGAGGACAAUCAGUUCUCUAAAAAGAUUCUGGGCCGUAACAUCACGCGCGUGCGGACGCUGAUCCGGGCGGUGCUUUCCACGUGGCGCUACGUCAAGAGCUGCUUCCAGUGGGAGAGCACCCAGAGGAGCAUCACCGCCUUCCUGGUGUUUCUUCUGACGGUCUGGAACUUCAACUUCUGCAUGCUGCCCUUCUUCUUGGUGCUGCUCUUCUCCUGGAACUACUUCCAGAUCUCCUCCGGGCGCGUGGUCCACGACCUGGACAACAUAGACGUGGGAGAUGACGAUGACGAUGAGGAAGCUGAGAAGAAGGGGCUGAUGGAGAAGAUCCACAUGGUGCAGGACACCAUCAUCACCGUGCAGAACUUCCUGGACGAGAUCGCCUGCUUUGGAGAGAGGAUCAAGAAUACUUUCAACUGGUCUGUCCCCUUCCUGUCCAACCUGGCGUUCCUGGUCCUCACCAUGGUCACCAUCAUCUGCUACUUCAUCCCAAUUCGCUACCUGAUUCUGUUAUGGGGCAUCAAUAAAUUCACCAAGAAGCUACGGAAGCCCCACGCCGUCGAAAACAAUGAGCUGCUAGACUUCCUGUCCAGGGUGCCUUCAGAUGUAGAGAAGGCCCAGUACAGAAGCGUCAGGACCACUGCCAGCCCCCAGCACCACAACAUACUGAAGAAGAAGAAGACAUCCUAGCCCCUCCUCUGGAGCUGUUUCUGUUGGGGUGCUGGUUCUGUUGGUGGACCCUCCUUCUGGUCCCCCCCAGGGGUCCACCGAACCCAGGGCUUUCGGGCCCCUCUGGGAAGGUUCUGGAGCACAUGGAUGUUUCUGGAGGC